CCCCCCCCCAUGGAGAUGUUGGACUCGGCCGCUGGCUCCGCCCACAGGCAGGAGAAGGUGCAGGAGGCCGAGGAGGGAGCGGAGCUGCACGAGGGUGAGGCCCCUCCAGGUGAGGGCGCCGUGGCCGUGCCCGCUCCCCCCGCGGGGUUUCCCGAGGGGGGGCUGCAGGGGCUGCAGGGGCUGCAGUGCCACUUCCGGAGCGACGCCAACGGCGGCCAGGUGACGUACCGCGUGGUCCAGGUGACCGAGGCCGCCCUGGAUGGCCCCGAGGGCGCGGCCGUCAGCGUGGUGAGCGCCUUCGGGCCCGGCACCCCCCAGGUGCUGCAGGGCCCCUUCAGCAAUGGCGGCGCCGGGGGCGGGGCCAGCCCGGGCAGCGAGGGCGGGGCCGAGAGACUCACCUGGGGGGGGGAGGGGACCCUGCUGCAGGCCGAGAGCAGCCUGGCACCGGCCACAGGGCAGUUCUAUGUGAUGAUGUCACCGCCGGACGUGCUGCAGGCGGGGGGAGGGGCCGCGCGAGGCCACGCCCCCCACGGCCACGCCCCCCACGGCCCUGGCCACGCCUACUCACC